AUGAACGCCAUUCGCCAAACUCAGGCACUCAAUAAGCGUGAGCUCGAAAAUGCGGUGCCACCAGAGGCGUCAUGGCAUGCAGACUACCGCGACACCGCGUAUAUUUACAUCGGCGGGCUUCCAUUAGAUCUCUCGGAGGGUGAUAUUGUCACUAUUUUCUCGCAGUACGGAGAGCCAGUCCACAUCAACCUCCUUCGCGAUAAGGAAACAGGCAAGAGCCGCGGCUUUGCCUUUCUCAAAUAUGAAGACCAGCGCAGCACAGACCUUGCAGUCGAUAACCUGGGCGGCGCAACAGUCCUAGGGCGCUUGCUCCGGGUGGAUCAUACUCGAUAUAAGCGACGUGAUGAUGAAGAAGAAGGAGACAAUGUCGCGAGGUUGAUGGGCGAUGUGAUUCUUGCCGGGAGCAAAAAGGAAGAUGACGGUGAUCGACACAGUCGCAGGAGAAGAACUAGUGAUGUCGACAGAGAAGAGCGCCGGCCUAUACUGAAAGAGGAGAAGGAGCUCCAGGAGCUGAUCCAAAACCACGACGACGAAGAUCCCAUGAAGGAGUUCCUUAUCGAGGAGAAGAAGGCGGAUGUUGCACUUGCACUUGAAAAAUACCAGAUCAGCAAGAGGUCGUCCAGGCGGCGGGACAGCAGCAGAGAACGAUCCAGUCGGCACCAUCGCCGCCAUCGCUCUCGUUCUUCAGAGCGCAGACACCGGGAUGAUCGGCCCACAGACAAAGAAAGGAAACCACGGCGCCGGUCUACGGAUCGCGGGGAUGUGUCCAAAAGAGACCUUUCAGCAGAACGGGGAAAGGAACGAUCUCUACGAGAUCGGUCGACAGAGCGGGGGGAGCGACCUAGGAGAAACCGGUCAACCGAGCGAUCUCGCUCGCCGGAGUCCCGCAGACAUCGAAGCGAUCGCGACAGACACGAUCGUCGCCGGUGGAAAGUCAACAUAACGUGA